AUGUCAGAUAGACCUUCCAAAAAGUUGAAGAUGGACUCAGAAGCUGAAUUGGUUGCCGAGGCUGCUGAAGAACACUUGAGAACUCAUCCUCACAACUCGAGACCACCUACUCCAUUCACCGCACAUGAUGAUGGCGAAUUCAAGGGCCUUACCAAGCAUCAAACCACAGCAGAGCAAGCUGAAAAGUUAGAAAAUGGACCUAAAAAUCCGUUUACUGGUGGCGAAUUGCUGCAGCAAUAUUUUAAGAUCUUAAAAGGUAGAAGAGAUUUACCUGUUCACUCCCAAAGACAGGAGUUUUUAGACAUCUUCCACUCCACUCAGAUUAUGGUGUUUGUUGGUGAAACCGGUUCUGGUAAGACCACCCAAAUCCCCCAAUUUGUGUUGUACGAUGAAAUGCCACACUUGACUGGAAUGCAAGUUGCAUGUACUCAACCUAGAAGAGUUGCAGCCAUGUCUGUUGCCAAGAGAGUUGCCGAUGAGUUGGAUGUUGAAUUAGGUGAAGAAGUGGGUUACAGUAUCAGAUUUGAAAAUUGCACCACCAACAAGACCAUUUUGAAGUAUAUGACAGAUGGUAUGUUGCUUAGAGAAGCCAUGGACGAUCACAAUUUGGCUAAAUAUUCAUGUAUUAUAUUGGAUGAAGCGCACGAAAGAACUUUGGCUACUGAUAUCUUGAUGGGUUUAUUGAAGCAAGUAUCUAUCAGAAGACCUGACUUGAAGAUAAUCAUCAUGUCUGCCACUUUAGAUGCUGAAAAGUUUCAAUCAUAUUUCAAUGACGCCCCAUUAUUGGCAGUUCCAGGUAGAACACACCCUGUAGAAAUCUAUUAUACACCAGAAUUCCAAAGAGAUUACUUGGACGCUGCCAUAAGAACAGUCCUUCAAAUCCAUGCAACUGAGCCUGAAGGGGAUAUCUUAUUAUUCUUGACUGGUGAAGAAGAAAUUGAAGAUGCGUGCAGAAAGAUAAGUUUGGAAGGGGAUGAAAUGAUCAGAGAACAAGGUGCUGGCCCCAUCAAGGUUUACCCAUUGUAUGGGUCCUUACCACCAAACCAACAACAAAAGAUCUUCGAACCUGCUCCAGAGCCAUUAAAGGCAGGAGGCAAGCCAGGUCGUAAGGUCAUCGUUUCCACCAAUAUUGCUGAAACUUCUUUAACCAUCGAUGGUAUAGUGUACGUGGUUGACCCAGGGUUUUCCAAACAAAAAGUAUAUAAUCCUAGAAUUAGAGUGGAUUCGCUUUUAGUCUCUCCAAUUUCAAAGGCUUCAGCUCAACAAAGAGCUGGUAGAGCUGGUAGAACAAGACCUGGUAAGUGUUUCAGAUUAUACACCGAAGAAGCAUUCCAAAAGGAACUUAUCCAACAAUCAUAUCCAGAAAUCUUGAGAAGCAACUUGGCAUCUACUGUUUUAGAAUUGAAGAAAUUAGGAAUAGAUGAUUUAGUUCAUUUCGACUUUAUGGAUCCACCAGCACCGGAAACUAUGAUGAGAGCAUUGGAAGAAUUGAAUUACUUACAAUGUUUAUCAGAUGAAGGUGACUUGACUCCAUUGGGAAGAAUGUCUUCACAAUUCCCUCUUGAUCCUAUGUUGGCAGUUAUGUUGAUCGGAUCUCCUGCAUACCACUGUUCUGAAGAAAUGUUGACUAUUGUUGCACUCUUAUCAGUUCCAAACGUUUUCGUUAGACCUGCCAGUGCAAGAAAAAGAGCUGACGAGGCCAAGAUGGCAUUUGCACAUGAAGAUGGUGACCAUUUAACUCUCUUAAAUGUAUACGACCAAUUUCAAGGUGACGAAGCAAGAGUGAUUGGUUUGCAUCAAUGGUGUAGAGACAAUUUCCUUUCAUACAGAUCCUUAACUUCUGCUAAAUCGGUUAGACUGCAAUUGACAAGAAUAAUGGAAAGAAAUGACUUACAGCUUAUUGGUGGAGACUAUGAUAACCCAAGCUACUACAAUAAUAUCAGGAAGGCUUUGGCCGGUGGCUUCUUCAUGCAAGUUGCUAAGAAGAAGUCCGGAAGCAAAGGAUACUUAACCAUUAAGGAUAACCAAGAAGUCUUGAUUCAUCCUUCUACCGUACUUUCCAAUACCAGCGAAUGGGUUAUUUACAAUGAAUUUGUAUUGACUAAAUCGAAUUACAUCAGAACAGUUACCAACAUCAAGCCGGAAUGGUUAGUUGAAAUAGCUCCAAAGUAUUACAACUUGGAUCACUUUGCUCCAGGUGAUGUUAAGUUGUCUUUAGAGAGAGUUAUAGAAACUGUAGAAACAAUGAAAAGAGUUAAUGGGGACAAGAAGGUAAAGAAGAGUUCCAAGAGUUCCAAGAGUAAAAAAUAG